AAAUCAUCAAAGUUCCGCCGACUCAACUCUGACCCCCUGUAUGUUGGUGAUUUCAUCAUGCACACCCUUUUACUGUGUUUACUGCCCCUUUACUGUAUACCAGUGAUUUCAUCAUGUGCACUAUCUAAUCAGUCAGUUCUGGCUUCACACAUUCUUUGGAGGCAAUAUAAAAAGCUCUCGGCUGCAGGAGGAGGACACCAGAAGGCAAUACAACCACUGGAGUGAAGGAUAUUUGAAGGUAAGGAAGAGGAGGUUAUUUGGCUUUCCCUUAUGCUCUAUUUUGUUUCUUAUAUUCUGCUGCAGUGACUUAGGUUGUCUUAAAAAAGAAGUAACUAGUGUGGUUUAUUUGUGCCUGCCUAUCACUAAUCAAGCCAUUUUCAUUUGUUCUAGAGGUAAACUCUACUCAUCUUGCAAAAAUGAAGUUCGCUCUUGCUGUCGCCCUCGUUGUGCUGGUUAUUUGUCAGGGCACUGAGUCUGCAUCUCUGGGGAAGCAUGAUAUCCCUGCAGAGAUUGAGAAGAUCACCAAGUACUUCCAGGAUCUGAGCAGAAUGCUGACCACCACCACCACUGAACUGAUGGAGACGCUUAAGGCCCAUGACCUGACCGGCAAGGCUGAGGCCCAGGUGCAGCCACUGCUGGAGAAGGUCAAGGAACAGCUGAAACCCCUGGCAACCAACUUCGAGGAGCAGUUCAAACCCUUGUCUGAGUCUAUCCUGGCCCAGCUGAAACCACUGGCUCAAUCUGUCGAAACCCAGUUGGAGGAUCUCCUUGAGACGGUGAUGGCCCAGACCAAAGCCCUGCUUCCCCCUCAGUAAAGCAACAGGCUUUGCUGACUCCAAAUGUGCAAAUUGAGGACAAAAAAAUCCUGUUACAACUUUUGAAAAUGCUAUGCUGCUAUCCUGAACCCCUCUAAGCCUGGGAA